CAGAGAACCACUGAGAGGAGGUGAGAGGUAUCAGGCUGAGCAGGACCUAAAACAUCUGCAAAAAUGGUUGAAGCUUUCUGCGCAACUUGGAAACUGGUGGAUAGUCAGAACUUUGAUGAAUACAUGAAGGCACUAGGGGUUGGCUUUGCCACAAGAAAAGUGGGCAAUGUCACCAAACCAACAGUAGUGAUCAGCCAGGAUGGGGAUAAAGUGGUGGUGAAAACUCAGAGCACUUUUAAAAAUACAGAAAUUUCUGUCAAACUGGGAGAGGAGUUUGAUGAGACCACACCUGAUGACCGACACGUAAAGUCCACUCUCACCAUGGAGGGAAACAAAUUAGUGCAUCGGCAGAAGUGGGAUGGGAAAGAGACCAGUCUUGUUAGAGAAAUCAAGGAUGGAAAGAUGGUGAUGACAUUGACCUUUGAGGGAGUCACAGCAGUCCGAACAUAUGAGAAGGCCUAAACGCCGAGGAAGGAGUACUCCAAUCAUCCCAACACUGUAAACUAUCAACAAAGGGCUUCUACUUUCAACAAGAAAUAAGAAAUAAUUGUUCAUGGGUUUUUUUUUACAUUCCAAACAUUGGUUUGCACUUCUUUUUAUUACAUAAAGGUAAUGGAGGGUUUUUUGUGGUCAUGAUGAAGUUCUCAUGGUAAGAGGAUCACUAUUCUUAUAAAAAAAAAAAAAAAAGACAAAGUGGGACAGGUCGCCAACUUCACUUAAACAGUUUUACCUUGAUAGUUUGUGCUACUUAUUUAGUUUCAACAACAUGGCCUUCAAAGCAGAUGAGUUAUUUCCUCACAUGUGGGGGUAAAAUGUAGGAAGUGAUCGGUAGUAUGCAGCAACCAGUUGGGGAGGGGGAUAUAUCUAUUACAUUCUCUGAUAUCUCAUUAAAGAGACACUAUCUAAAGUUAGGAUGGAAAAUUCAUAGGUUUUGUAUCAAGUUUCAAACCUGAUCCUGGUGAUACACCAAAGCUCAUUCUUUUGUAACAUCCUCUGUAAGAAACACGGAUGAUGGGUUUUGUCCCAAACUGUUUCUGUCUAAUGUGUUAAAAGUGAAAAUAUGAAAUAAAUUGCUAAACUUUGCUA